CGGCUGGAAUUAACGAGGAAGAACGGAGGUUUCCCGGGAACCAUGGCAGAGAAGAUCCUGGUGACCGGCGGUGCGGGUUACAUCGGCAGCCACUGCGUGCUGGAGCUGCUGCAGGCCGGCUACGUGCCCGUGGUCAUAGACAACUUCCACAACAGCGUCCGAGGAGCAGAUGAGCUCCCCGAGAGCCUCCGGCGGGUGCAGCAGCUCCUGCACCAGCCCAUCCUGUUCCAGGAGAUGGACAUCACCGACGGGGCAGCGCUGCAGGAGCUCUUCAGCAAGCAUCAUUUCUCAGCCGUGAUGCACUUUGCGGGGCUGAAGGCAGUGGGAGAGUCAGUGCAGAAGCCGCUGGAGUACUACAGAGUGAACCUGACCGGGACCAUCCGGCUGCUGGAGGCCAUGCAAGCCCACGGCGUGAGGAACCUGGUGUUCAGCAGCUCUGCCACCGUCUAUGGCGACCCCAAGUACCUGCCCCUGGAUGAGAAGCACCCGGCUGGAGGCUGCACCAACCCCUAUGGCAAAUCCAAGUUCUUCAUCGAGGAGAUGAUUCGAGACCUCUGCAAAGCAGAGAAGGACUGGAACGCUGUUCUCCUGCGCUACUUCAACCCCAUCGGUGCCCAUGAAUCAGGCCUGAUUGGAGAGGAUCCUCAGGGGAUCCCCAACAACCUCAUGCCCUACGUGGCGCAGGUGGCAGUUGGGCGCCGGGAAUUCCUGAGCGUGUUUGGGAAUGACUACAGCACAGAUGAUGGAACAGGCGUCAGGGAUUACAUCCACGUCGUGGACCUGGCCAAGGGCCAUAUUGCUGCUUUGAAGAAGCUCAAGGAGAACUGUGGCUGCAAGAUCUACAAUCUGGGCACAGGCACCGGUUACUCUGUCCUGCAGAUGGUCCAGGCCAUGGAGAGAGCCUCAGGGAGGGAGAUCAGGUACAAGAUCACAGCGCGGCGCGAGGGGGACGUGGCCUCCUGCUAUGCUGACCCCACACUGGCCGAGCGUGAGCUGGGCUGGAAAGCUGCCUUUGGGCUGGACAAGAUGUGUGAGGAUCUGUGGCGGUGGCAGCUGCAGAAUCCCACAGGCUUCAGCAAGAACUGAGCCAUGGCCCCAGGGCUGUGAUCGCCCCUGGAUGCGGUUCCAGCUCCCCCCCUGCCUCUCCACUCCUCAUCCUCCUCCUCACACCCCCAGGUCCUUUGCAUCUCAGAUCAGAAACACAAUGGGAAACACAGCCAGGGCCCUGCUUUGGCACCCAGGGCACAGAAACCCCUUAUGGGACUGCCCAGGGGCUGGUGCCCACCCCAGCAGGGCCCUGAACCACCCCUCCCCUGCUCACCCAACCGGGGGGCAGGGGCUGUUCCUGGCUUCAGGGGGAGACCAGGGCUCCCCCUGCCCCUGCCCUGGGUACAGGGAGGGUGCUGAGCACCUACCUCAUGGCCUUAGGCCCCAACACCUACAGGGACCAAGCCUAUCCCAAGCCCAGCUCCAUAGGGGCAAGGCCCUGAUGGCUGCCCCCAGCCUUGUGCCUCUUUCUCUGCCUCCAGAGGAGCCCCCUCUGUGUGCUGCACACAGCCCCCCUGCUGCCAUGAGCCUGGGCUGGGGUCUGGUUUUGCUUCCACACAGCCUGGAGCAGCCACUUCCACAAUGCCAUUGCCAUUGGCUGCCCAGGAGCAGGCUCUGCUCCGCUGCCCAACACUGCUCCUGUUUAUCCCCAGUGUCCCCAGCAGGAGCCGCUGCCCUUGGCUCCCUAAUUUAUGUUCCUAAGUUAUGAAUGGAGCUUUUGAGUUGGUGGCAAUAAAACUUCCCUGCUUCCCAA